UUAUUGUUUACUUCCGCCGUUUUCACGUGUUGUACUGUCAACAUACAAAAUGAGUGAAAGAAAUAGAAAUAAACUUCCAAACAAUUUACCGCAGUUGCAGAACUUAAUUAAACGAGAUCCCGGAUCAUACAAAGAUGAAUUCCUUCAACAGUACAGACACUACCAGUCAAAUAUGCAUAUCUUCCACCUCAAACCAUCACAGUUCUCCAAGACUCUAGAUGAACUGCUGAUGUUCCUAGCACAAGUCGCCCACUGCUAUCCAGACGAGACAAAGGAUUUUGCCCUUGACAUUCGAGAUGCUCUUCAGCGCCAUUGCACAGUGCUGGACAGGACUCUAAGAAUGACAUUCUGCCAGGCGCUGAUCUUGCUGCGUAACAAAGGGCUGAUAGCCGCCACCAGUGUGCUAGAGUUGUUCUUUGAGAUGUUCCGCGUACAGGACAAGCUCCUCAGGAAGACCCUGUACACGUACAUUGUCAGUGACAUCAAGACCGUCAACCAGAAACACAAGAACGCAAAACUCAAUACAACGCUGCAGAACUUCAUGUACACCAUGUUGAAAGAUAACAACCCAGUGGCAGCUAAGAUGUCAUUGGAUGUAAUGAUUGAGCUGUACAGACGCAAUAUCUGGAAGGACACCAAGACUGUGAACGUGAUUACAACAGCCUGCUUCUCUAAGGUUACCAAGAUAUUGGUGGCUGGGCUGAAGUUUUUCCUUGGGACGGACGAGGAAGAGGAUCACAGUGACAGUGAAUCAGAUCAGGAUGAGCAAAAGACGUCUAAAGAACUCCUGACAGGUUUCCGUGUGGGCAAGAAGACCAGGAAGAGGCAGAAGAAGCUCAAGAGGGCGCUGCAAAAUAUUGACAAACACAAGAAGAGCAAGAAGAAAUCUGAAGUCUUCAAUUUUUCAGCUCUGCAUUUGAUUCAUGAUCCUCAAGGGUUCUGUGAGCGGCUGUUCCGUCAGUUGGAAGGCACCACGGAGAGGUUUGAGGUGAAGCUGAUGAUGGCUGACCUUGUGUCUCGACUCAUUGGAGUGCAUCAGCUGUUCCUGUUCAGUUUCUACCCGUACAUACAGAGAUUCCUACAGCCUCAUCAGCGUGAGGUUACACGGUUGUUGCUGUUUGCUGCACAGUCCAGCCAUGAUCUGGUCCCUCCUGAGAUAAUAGAAGGUGUGAUCAGAACAAUAGCCAACAAUUUCAUUACCGACAGAAAUUCUGGAGAGGUCAUGGCUGUAGGGCUGAAUGCAGUACGUGAGAUCUGUUUCCGAUGCCCUCUCGCCAUAUCAGAGGAUGCCUUACAUGACUUCUCAGAGUACAAGACACACAAGGAUAAAUCGGUGAUGAUGGCUGCACGGUCGCUGAUCCAGCUCUACAGGAAGACAAAUCCAGACCUGCUGCGCAAAAAGGACAAGGGAAAACCAACAGAAGCAGCCAAAGAUCUCAAAGUGUUACAGUAUGGGGAGAGGGACACACACUCAUAUAUACCAGGUGCUGAGGUCCUGAAGGCAACGGAGGAUAUUGAGGAGGAGGAGGAGGAACAGGAGGCCUGGGAGUCGUGUAGUGAGGAGGAGGAGGGGAGUGAGGGGGAGUGGAUAGACGUGCAUCAUUCAUCAGAUGAGGAGGGAAACAAAGUGGAUGACUCCCAGGUGCCGGCCACACGAGAGGAGCAGGUACUGAAGGCCCAGCAGGUGUCCACAUCUCGCAUCCUCACUCAGGAGGAGUUCCGUAAGGUGCAGCAGAUCCAGGCAGUGCGCCAGACCGAGGGAAUGAGCGCCGAGGGGCUCAACAAUAAGAAGAGGAAGAGGGAGCUGGAGGAGGAGGAACAGGACAGAGGAGAGUUACUGCAGCUGUCUAUGAUAGAGAAUGUUCACAAGAAGAAGGCCCAUGAUAAAGACUCUAGGCUGGCCACAGUAAUGGCGGGCAGGGAAGACCGACCCAAGUACACCCACGGGCCACAGAAGAUGAACCCCCACGCUAGCACCACCAAUAAGGAUAAGGCCCGCAAGAAAAACUACACCAUGAUCAAGCACAAGGUCAUGAACAAGAAGAACAAACGCUCCUUCAGAGAUAAGCAGAUUGCAUUGAGGAAUUCGUUACUGAAGAAACAGAAAGCGAAACAUUAGAAGCUAAACAACAUAGAAAGGAGGAAAGAGAUAUGAAUUGAACUGAAAAUAAAGAUUUAAGAUUA